AUGCAUGGAGCGGAGCGGCAGAGAAACACCAAGCACAAGGCCGAGGCUCAGCCGAGCACCAUGACAGGCGGAGAGGUAAAGUGCGAUCCGAUCCCAGAGCGAGUGACUCUCAAGAAAGAAAUCGGACUGCUGAGCGCCUGCACCAUCAUCAUAGGUAACAUCAUUGGCUCUGGAAUCUUCAUCUCUCCUAAAGGGGUCCUGGAGCACUCGGGUUCUGUUGGAUUGGCACUGGUGGUAUGGACAUUAGGAGGGGGUAUUGCUGCUCUUGGCUCUCUCUGUUAUGCUGAACUUGGGGUCACCAUCCCUAAGUCAGGGGGAGACUACUCGUAUGUUACAGAGAUUUUUGGAGGCCUUGUUGGGUUCUUGCUUUUAUGGAGUGCAGUACUGAUCAUGUACCCUACUACUCUGGCUGUAAUAGCCCUCACUUUCUCCAACUAUGUCCUACAGCCAGCCUUUCCCAACUGCGUUCCUCCUUAUAUGGCUACACGUAUGCUCUCUGCUGUCUGCAUAUUAUUUCUCACAUGGGUGAACUGCUUCAGUGUGCGUCUGGCCACACGCAUCCAGGAUAUCUUCACUGUCGGGAAGCUCCUGGCCCUGGGCCUCAUUAUAGUUGUGGGACUGCUUCAGAUCUACGAAGGCAAUUACAAGGGUCUUACACCACAAAUAGCAUUUGAAUUUUAUAAGACACCAUCAGUGGGGCAGAUUGCUCUGGCGUUCCUUCAGGCCUCCUUUGCCUUUAGUGGCUGGAACUUUCUCAAUUACGUCACGGAAGAGGUGGUGGAUCCCAGGAGGAACCUUCCACGUGCGAUUUACAUCUCCAUUCCACUGGUGACCUUUGUGUACACGCUCACGAAUAUCGCCUACUUCUCCUCCAUGUCCCCAGAUGAGCUGUUGUCCUCUAAUGCUGUGGCCGUAACAUUUGGAGAGAAGCUGCUUGGAAUGUUCUCCACAAUCAUUCCCAUCUCUGUGGCACUCUCCACAUUUGGCGGGAUCAAUGGCUAUCUCUUCACCUCAUCCAGACUUUGUUUCUCUGGUGCAAGAGAAGGACAUUUACCCAGCUUACUAGCGAUGAUUCACUUUAAGAGCUGCACCCCAAUUCCAGCCCUGCUUGUCUGUUGCACUGCCACAAUUGUAAUCAUGUGCAUUGGUGAAACACAUAACCUUAUAAACUAUGUGUCCUUCAUCAACUACCUCUCCUAUGGAGUCACUAUUGCUGGCUUGCUGUAUUACAGGUGGAAGAAGCCAAACCUGUACAGGCCUAUCAAGGUGAGUUUGUUGGUUCCGGUGUGUUACCUCCUGUUCUGGGUCCUUCUGCUGGGCUUCAGUCUGCACUCAGAACCUGUGGUCUGUGGAGUGGGACUGGUCAUCAUGCUCACUGGGGUACCUGUAUACUUUCUGGGAGUGCACUGGAGAGACAAGCCAAAGUGUAUCUAUAACUUCAUUGAAUGGGCCACGUAUCUGGGUCAGAGAGUGUUUUUUGUCGUUUUCCCCCAAGUUGACCCCACUGAAGAAAUAACACCAAGAGAAUGGACGGACAAGUCUUCUGCCGUGAGCAAGACCUCUGGACCUGUUUGAUAUAUUAUAUUUUUGUUUGUUUAUUACAUUAAUUGUAUUAUGUUUUUGUUAAACGUUAGUUGCCCUCUUAUUUUAA